AUGAUUCAUGACGGUGAGGGCUUGAAACGGAGACCUGAUACUUACAAGGUCAAUUCGUUAAAGAAUGCAUCCACCGAGGACAAUGAGAAAGUCUCAUCUCUUGAUAAGAGACCGCAAUCUGUGGAAUCCCACAAGUUGGAUGCGGGAUUGAUUGCGGCGGCAGCUCAUGCGGCGGUACCUAAUUGGACCAACAUGGUUCUGAUGGUCUCACUAAUCUUCGGGGGCUGUUGUGCGAAUGUGUUCACACUCGAGGCCAUUAUCAAAGAACAAUCUACAGCUGGCCCUUUAAUCACGUUCGCGCAAUUUGUUCUAUGCGCCAUCUUCACUCUUCCACAUUUCCUUUCCUUUUCUGCGGGGCCUCAAAACCUGUUUAUAAGCCCACGAGCAAUCCCACUCCGAUCAUGGAUUAUCUAUACCGCAUUUUUUGUCUCGGUGAACAUGUUGAAUAAUUGGGCGUUUGCAUACAAGAUCUCCGUGCCUCUUCAUAUCAUUAUUCGGUCUGGUGGCCCUGUCGCCUCUAUGGUCGUGGGAUAUAUCUUUAAUGGUAAAAGAUAUUCCCGAGGCCAAAUUUUGGCAGUGGUCAUGCUUACGGCAGGAGUGGUGGCCGCUGCGUUGGCUGAUGCGCAGGCCAAAGGGCAGAAGGUGGAGAUGAUAUCCGAGUUGGACACAGCCGUCAUGACGACCACGAUUGGCUUCACCAUUCUCGCCUUAGCCAUGAUCCUGUCGGCCUUGCAGGGAAUCUAUGCUGAUCGACUGUAUGCGACCUAUGGUCGUGAUCACUGGAAGGAGGCUCUAUUCUACUCGCACACCCUUUCAUUGCCACUGUUCUUGACUAGCUUCUCACAGCUAUCAUCACAAUGGCAAGUGGUGUCGUCUUCGCCAUCAUUGCUCUCCAAGAUCUCGGACGGAACCACACUCUCGGUUCUAUCGGCCGUUCAAAAGUCUCCCUCAAUCCAAUCGCUCCUAGACCAACUUCCGAUCCAAGUGGCCUACUUGAUUAUGAAUGCAUUGACCCAGUAUUUGUGCAUUCGAGGCGUACAUUUGCUAUCUGCCAAGUCCUCCUCGUUGACAGUGACUGUCGUGCUCAAUGUUCGUAAGCUUGUGUCACUUCUUCUGUCGAUCUACCUGUUUGGAAAUCAUCUGGGAUCAGGGGUUUUGGUCGGUGCGAUCUUAGUCUUUCUAGGUGGUGGAUUAUAUGGAUUUGAAGGAGCAAGGCUGAGAAAGCUGGUCAAGAAAUCACAGUGA